AUGUUGAAUAUUUCCAGAUACCACCACGGCCCGUGCGCUCAAGGUUACAAUUUCGUGCCAAUCGUGUUCGGUCUGAUGCUCUACAUCGUCUACGUGAUGGAGUGUUGGCAUAGCAGAUCGAAACUCUCCACAGUGAAAAAGGUUCGAGUUGAAGAUGCGUUGCAGUACCUGAAGUCGCUUCGAAAUGCACUGCCAAUCGUCUGGUGGAAGAGCGUAUGUUAUCAUUACGUACGUAAAACGAGACAAGUGACAAGGUAUCGCAAUGGUGAUGCCGUACCAGCAACGCAGGUCUACUACGAGAGAGUAGACUUCACACUCGGCAGGCAAUGUCUUCAUCUACGAUGUUUGUGGUGUAAAGGACAUCUCAAAGACGGUGCUUGA